CUACAAGGCGCAGUAGCGUGUUUUGUCUUCCAUAGCCGAUAACUGGCGCUGCAAAUGCAUGCUUAAGGUGGGUAAUUUGAUUAUUUAAAUGAAGAUUAUUUCAGUUCGUAACACUGGCAUAACGUUAGACAACUUGCGCGCGGUCCACAAGUGAAGAGGUAGAAGCAGAAAGCACAAUCUCUGUGUAGCGUUGUCGCAGUGUAUCCGUCACAUUUGCUGACGUGUCGUGCGAAGCGAGUUUUCCUCCCGAACGCUGCUUCGCAGCAGCAAAGGCAAGUUUUGUCGCGCUGGAGAAAUUUGCGCGCGUCGUGACGUGCGAGGGGAAAUCGAUUUUGACGGCGAGGUAAAUACAAGACCACGCGGUUGUGGGUUUGAUGCGCGUCAGGAGAUUAGCCACCGCUCGCCAGUUUGUGCUCCGUUCGCUGCAUGCCGUCUGUCAGAUCUUCAUACCUUAGCCGUGUCUGAGCCCGGCCGCUCGGCGACGAAUGUAUGACACAUAAACAUUGGCCACGCUGCUGGGGUGAUUAAACUCCCGGUAGUUCAAGAGCAUGGGCGCUUGGCCAGCACGAGGAAGUGUUGUGCGACGUUCUCGAAGGCCGUCUUUUUGAGCAGCUCAAGUUCGUUAAAUUACAUCAAUAGUAUUGGCAUGACCUUUUUUUUCGUACUGUCGCUUUGCAGUGCGUCAAUGUGCUUUGCAUGCAUGUGCGAACCACGAGAACUCUGUUUCCACGAGAUAAAGUAGUGCGGCGGCGGGAGCAGGCGAAAGUCGCCCGCGGCGUGUAUUCGGGAUCUCGCACUGCUUCCCCCCUUUGCUGUUAGGCUUAGGAAGGGGCCUGCCUUUGGCCCUUAAGCGAUCCCCCGUAUUCGCACGGGUAUUCUACUACUAGAAGGGAAAAGUGUAACAUAGGAACUACUGUAAAUAACCAUUCCCUCUCAGAUGCCUUGUUUUUAUACUUGUGUCUGUGAUAUUUCUGGACUUCGGCGCUUUGGCCUCAGCGAGAGUCGGCCGUUUAGGCCUAGUGGUUCAGGUGAUCCACUCAACCCACUUCGUACGCUACGAAGCUGCAAUAGUUGUACAAUAGUAUAAAUAGGAAAACAAACCGGACACCUUGGAGGUGAGCGCCAACUUAGGACUGGACUCUUUAAACGGUUUCUUGUGCGACAACAAGAGUGGACAAGUGCUUCAAAUACGUCCCAUCGUCCAGCGAACAAUCAUGAGUGGGGAUACCAAGCGGAAAAGCAAGAACAACACGAGCAGGCCAGCCAGGUCAAAAGUUUCUCAAGAUCGUAAACUUGAAGGAAUAUAUAACAACGCCCGGUUUGUCCACAUUGCUGCAUCGCUUGUGGGUCAUGUCGUCCAAGUGCAAGUCCGGGACGGAGAGGUCUACGAGGGCGUAUUCCGGACAGUUUCGCCUGAGCUUGAGAUCGUGCUGGAGACUGCUCACCCUGUAGAGCCAGGGGCACAGUCCGAACCGUCGUCCCUGUCGCGGCUGCUGACAUCGCUGGGCCGGGACCAGCGGCUUGUGCAGCUGAUGAUAUUCCGAUUGCCGGAUGUUGUCUCCCUGUGCGCGCCUAAUGCCGACUUGGACUUUGCCACGCGUGACUCCUUCACGGACACGGCCAUCAGCAGCAAGUUUAAUGGCCAGCUUGGCGAACGCCCCCUCGAACCCUGGAUGGAUGGUGGCAAUGCUGACGGAAUCGGCGGUCUUGAUGACCCACCGUUGGAUGGCGAGGACACUAAUGGCUGGGAUGCCAAUGAGAUGUUCAAGACGAAUGCUGAGAAGUAUGGGGUGACAACCUCCUACGACAGCGCGCUCUCAAGCUACACAGUAAAGUUGGAGCCAAAAAACACGGAUGAGUACAAGCUGCAGGAGGCCAAGGCGUCCAAGAUUGCCCAGGAGAUCGAGAGUAACCCCGUGUUCAAGAAGCGCAUAGAAGUGGAGAAUGGCGACGAGGAGGACAAGUUCAGCGCAGUGGUGCGACCCUCUGGCGACAACGCACCACAGGGGACCAGGUAUGUACGGCGGAAGCCCCUGGGCGGUUCCAAGCCCCUUCGUGGCACACCACCUCCGGCAGCGGCGGCAGCUGCGGGCGGCCUGCCCCGCGGGGGCUUGCCUGGCUUCAAGGGUGGCCUGGGUAGCCCUUCCUCGCCCUCUGCACCGCCACCUCCCAAGCCGCACCAUCCACCCAGGCACGGUCCACCCCACUCGGCCGCUGCCUUCCCCGAGCUUGAUGCUUCCCCUCGGCUCAAUGGGGCCCCCAAGCUGGAGAAGGAAGGCCCACUGAGCCCUGGCCUGUGCGAGGUGCCCGGGCCUGAGGAGGUUCCCGUGGUGGCCUCUGCCGAUGAGCCACCCUCCGUGGACAAGGGGCCCGCAGACCGCAAAGGGCCACCACCUCCGCUCCAGAAAGGUCGCGUGCAGGAGAUCGAGGAGUUCAAGAAGUUCAGCACCAGCAUCAAGCUCGACGAUGGCAAAGAGUCCAAGGAGGCUACCGGCGCUGGUGCUGCCGCCGCAACAGAAGAGGAGAUGGAGAAGGAGCGCAAGGAGAUGGAAGAAGCUGCCACUGCCAAGGAGGAGACGGACCGCCUGGUCAAGAAGUCCACCCUCAACCCGAAUGCCAAGGAGUUUGUGCUCAACCCAAAUGCAAAGGCCUUUACCCCGCGCACCCUGCUGCCCCUGACGAGUCCGCCCAACGGCGCCGGUGGCAGCGGCGGCGCAGCGGCCACGACACCCACGGGGGGUGUGCGACUCAGCUCGAGCCCCCUCGUGGGUCCCCCUGCUGCUGGGGUCGGCCAGGCGCCUCCGCAGCAGCUGAUGCCCACCGGGCAGCACAUCAUUACCAUGACACCCCAGUACCUGAUGCCUGCCACCCCUGUCAGUGUGGCACAGUUUGCACCCGGACAGGGACCACGCUUCCGCAAGGCCAUGCCCCUUGUCCAAACGAGGCACGACCUUCCGGCGUCUAUGCACGUGGCUGCGGCAACGGGCCAGCCGAUCCUGGCGCCUGCUGGCCUGCCCAAUGCCCCUCAACUGAUGGUGCAAUACACACCAGCGCAGGGCAUGAUGCACCCCUCUGGGCCACCACAGGCAACCGUGGCCUAUCAGCAGGCUCAGUGUUUUGGACCCCUGGCGCAGAUGUACCCCAUGAUGGGCCAUCGUGUCAUGUCUCCCCAGCCCAUGGGCAUGGUGGCUGCCACCCACACAGCCUCCUACGGCGAUGCAACGCAUCUCCCCACACAGGUCUACAUGCUGCAAGGCCAGGGUCACCAGGCCACCAGCACGGGGGCCGGUCCGCACUCCAGCCCGCCAACGCCAGGGGCGAGCACGCCCGUGGGCGGGGCACAGGCAGGCACGCCACCAGUUGUCUACCAUCAGCCACCGCCCCACUCAGCCGGCUCGGGCCCGCCUCCGCAACCCAAUCUGGUGCUGGUGCCCCACUCGGGGGCUAACACUCCCCCCCACCUGAUGCCACACAGUCCUAUGGUGCCCCCACAGUUGGCUACCGCACACUUUGUGCACCACCAGGUGUUCCCCAGGCUGCUGCCACCAGGUGUUUGAAGAAGCCUGAAGAAAUUAGGUAAAGGAAAAAAAUAGGCAGUGCUAGAAGAAUUAAGUUAUUGCGCUCACCUCCGACCCUACCCCCCCUCCCAUCCCCUCCGCUGAAGGUGGAAGAAGAAAAAGACUAUUAUGGUUGACAGCAGCAGCCUUGAUUCGGACUUGGGGGAAAAACAAAUGAAAUUAUACAGAUAUGAAGAUGAAGCCGUACUUGCUCCAGCAAGCGAAAAAAGCAAGCUGACAAGCAAGCCGUAGUCCGACUUUCGUCGCAAGCGGAGCAGCCUCUUGAAGCCCCUGCACCCCCCAAAAUGAAAGACUGAAGAAAAAAAAAAAAGAUGCCAAGUUCCAUUGGGGGAAGAUGGGUGUAAAGAAAAUCUUGGAGCGUCCGCCAAGGCUUCCACUUGCUUGGCAGCGAGCGUGAGAGCAGUUUAUCGCUCUCUCUCUCUCCUGUGCGGAGGGAGAGGGGGCUUGUUAGGGAAACAACCAAAUGAACAGAAGAAGCUAAGAAAAAAAAGAUUGAAGAAAAACAAAGGUUUACUAGUAAAACGCAGGCAGCA